GCGAGCCGGGGGUCCCGGCAGGGGUGUGCCGGUGAGGUCCCGCCGCGCCGUUCAUGGAGGAGAGUGGCGGCAGCUCGACGCGCACCAUUCCCUUAUCCUCCCCGUGUGCUCUGAGGUACCGCCGGCGGAGAGCCUGCCAGGCCCGCCUCCCCCGCCGGGCGCCAUCAGCGGCUGCUGGGCCAGACCCAGCCGGCAACCGCUCGGGGGACUGCUGGUGGCGGGCUCGGUGAGGGAGGAGCGGGUGCGCUUCCUCUGCUUCCUCCUGCACGGGGCCCGGAAAGCAGCGCGGCCCGGGCCGCCGUGCGCGCGGACUCGGAGCGGGAGAGGGCCGGGCCUCGGAGGCGCCGCCGCCGCUGCGGGUCACCCAGCCUUCCGCAGUGGGGGUGGGCGGCGGAGCGCGCAGGCCGGGGGAAGGGCCAGGCCCCGCCGUCUCUCUGGGCGAUGGAGUGAGUGAGGGAGCGAGGCUCGGCAGCAGGAAGAUGGCCGGUGGCAGCAGUGGCGGCGGCUGCAGAGACAGCUUGUUUCUGGAAGCUUUGGAUAGAUCACAAUCCAAGAGAGAUGGAGGUUUUAAAAAUAAUUGGAGCUUUGAUCAUGAAGAAGAAAGUGAAGGAGAUGCAGAGAAAGAUCACUUCGUUGUCGGCCUGGAGCUGUCGGCACCAGUGGUGAUUCCUUAAAAACGUAUGCAAGGCGAGGCAAAGCUGGAGGCUUGAGACUUCUUAAAGGGAACUCAAUCGGCCUCAACAUGAUGGGAAAUAAUAAGAAACUGAGUGAAAAUGCUCAGAACGUGUCUUGUCCUGUAACUGUGGUACAUGGUAGACGUUUUCACCAUGCACAUGCACAGACAGCGGUAGUAAAAACAGCAGCCCAAAGCAAUCUGGAUCGAAAGGAAAGAAAAGAAUACCCCCCUCAGCUUCAGAAGGUAGAAGCAGACCACAUUAGGUUACCACGGUCUCAGAGAGUGGAAAGUAUAAUGGAAAACAGAGAAGAGUCGGAAUCAGAAUCAGAACCUGAAAUUAAGAGAAAGGUGCAACAGAAACGUCACUGCAAUUCAUAUCAAUCUGACUUCACUCUAUCUUCUGCUACAAAAAAAUGCUUAACUCAGUUAAAGCUUUUGGAACAAAUCGAUUAUUCUACUAAUUGUCCAAAUUGUGGACGGGCGAAUGAAAAGCAGACCAAAUGCCGACAUUGUGAAAGUGCUUCUCUGCAAAGAGUCUCCAGACAAACUGUGUCAUUAAGCGAAUCUGUGGGACCUUUAUCACGUUCUUCAAUACAUCAGAAUUCAACAGGGCAAAAAUCUUCAGGUACAGGGUUCAGCACAAAGAAGUUUUAUAGUUCUACUGUUGGGAAGGGUCCAACAGAUAUUCUACUGAGUAGCGAAGUUGUAGGACAUUCUAUGUUGCGGCAGAAUGGAAAAGUUGGUCUUAUAACUGGGACAAAAAAUCCUAAAAUUACAGGAAGCUUAAGACAGAGGAGUACAAGGCCAUCUGAACUAAAUGAUCCAAUUGUUUUGUCUAGUGAUGAUGAUGAGGAGGAGGAUAGUGGCAGCACUAGGAGAAUGGAAAGCAUUUCACCUCGUCCUGCAGAUUCAGCCCGCUCCUCCCCAGCUCCUUCUACAGGCAAGGUGGAAGCAGCAUUAAAGGAAAACAGUUGUGGAAUAGAACAGAGAAUAGGUAGUAUAACAACAGAUUCAGAAAUUGCAGUCACACUACCAAGAAAAGCAAGAAUGAAAGAUCAGUUUGGGAACAUUGUGUCUAACACUCCAAUAAAACGUCGUAAAGUUAUUUCUCAAGAGAUUCUAACUGAGACUGUACCACUGAGUUAUCAAAAUUCCUGUGAAAGUGUCAUUUUGAACUGUCGAAGUAUACGAAUAGGAACGCUACGAAGAAUGGUAGUGGAACCUGUGAUUUUUUGCCUGGAUUAUAUCAAAAUACGCCUAGAAAGUCAAGAAGAAUCAGAAAGUGAUAUCCGAGAAAUUAACCUGAAAACUUCAGAACUUACCAAAUGUGAAUGGUGUAGUGUACGAAAAUUACCAGUAGUUUUCUUACAAACAGUACCAUCAACCUGUAGUAGCCUGAGAGAACAACUGAAAAUGAGUAAAGAUAAUGUCUGGUACGAAUGUAAAGGAGACAGUCAAGAAGAGCAGUAUAUAAUUUUGAUUUUUGAAACUGGUCUUGAUCCUCAUGCAAAUUCAAUAUUUGAAAAAAUUAUUACUGACAUUGGUAUUAGAAAUAAUAUUUCUGACUUCUUUGUGAAAAUUUCCUUUGAAGAGGCCAAUGGCAGGCUUGUUGCUUUUACCAAGUGCUUGGAAGACAAUUCCAAAGGAAGCCCAUCUCACAGAGAAAACAAAAUAAAAAAUGUUGCUUCUGAAUCCAAAAUGCAGCAGCGAAAUAAACAAUUACCAUAUUUUGAUGAUGAUGAAGAAAUUGGAGAACCACACACAGUAUUUAUUGGUCCUAUUGAAAAGUUGAUAGUUUAUCCACCUCCUCCAGCUAAAGGUGGUAUUUCUGUGACCAAUGAAGACCUCCAUUGUCUAAAUGAAGGAGAGUUUUUAAAUGAUGUUAUUAUUGAUUUUUAUUUAAAAUAUUUGGUACUUGAAAAACUGAAAAAAGAAGAUGCUGAUAGAAUACAUGUGUUCAGUUCUUUCUUCUAUAAACGCCUUAAUCAAAGGGAAAGGAGAAAUAUUCAUGAAACUUCAAACCUUUCAAUACAACAAAAACGACAUGGGCGAGUAAAAACAUGGACACGACAUGUUGACAUUUUUGAGAAAGAUUUCAUUUUUGUUCCCCUUAAUGAAGCUGCCCACUGGUUUUUGGCUGUCAUCUGUUUUCCUGGUUUAGAAAAACCCAAAUAUGAACCAAAUCCCCACUAUCAUGAAAAUGCUGCAACACAGCUAAAAUCUCCGUCUUCAGAUGGAGAGAGCAACACACCAUCUCCUUUGCCAAAUGAAUUAGAUGCACAAAACUCACCUUCCAAGUCCACGGCAAAGAAGAUGUUGACCAAAAAGUUUAAUACAGCUUUAAUUGACCCAAACACUGAAACAGAGGACAGUGAGUCUUCGUGUUGUAGAAGAAGUCCUUGUAGGGGAAAAAGUGCUUUCAAAAAAAUAAAUCAAAUAGACAGUGAUGUGGAAGAACCUAACACUGUGGAAUCAGCAUGCCAUAAACUAGACCAUAGGACUCUGGACGCGAAUGGUAUACAGGGUGAAUUCACAACUGCUAGCCAAUCUAUGGAUGGAUUGCACAAAAUCAGGCUAAACUAUAGUGAAGAUUCAGCUGAUGGCAGUAAACUAAAUGAAGAUGAGCUUAUAGAUUUUUCUGAAGACCAAGAUAAUCAGGUGUAUGACUCCAAGUUGUCCAAAAUAAAGAAUCGGAGACUAUCAGAUACACUGUCUAGGAAUUACCUAUUUUUCACCUUUGAGUCCAGAACAAAAAAAUAUUUUCCAAAGUCUGCAGCUAUUUGUAAUGGCUUCCAAAUAGAAGACAGUAGUGACGAUGGUGGCCUUCUGGAUGAUAAUUGCAAUUCAGAAAUGGGACAAUGGCACCUGAAGCCUACCAUCUGCAAACAGCCCUGCAUUUUGCUUAUGGACUCCCUGAGAGGGCCUUCCCGGUCAAAUGUUGUGAAAAUACUACGGGAAUAUUUAGAGGUGGAAUGGGAAGUCAGAAAAGGCAACAAAAGAAGUUUUUCCAAAGAUGUCAUGAAAGGUUCCAACCCAAAAGUGCCACAACAAAACAAUUUCAGUGACUGUGGGGUGUACAUACUGCAGUAUGUGGAGAGCUUUUUUGAGAAUCCUAUUCUGAGUUUUGAGCUACCAAUGAACUUAACAGACUGGUUUCCACGCCCAAGAAUGAAAACCAAAAGAGAAGAAAUACGAAAAAUAAUUCUGAAGCUGCAGGAACAGCAGAACAAGGAAAAGAAGGGACAAAAGGACGCAAGUUCAAUGGAAAGAUCUUUGCAGGAAAAAACAGAACAACUUACCAACAGCAGCUCAGACUGAGUGUUGUAUCUGUUGCAUGUUUGCUCCACAAUCAAAACUGAAACAUACAUUUUUGUCUGCCCAGACUAAAGAUUUGGCGUAUUCUCUGCUCAGAGUCUCUUGGGAAUGUUUAAUGCUUGUAUAAAUGUGUGUCAUAAAAUGAUUUAAUUUCCACAAAGAUGUGUAUUAAGUAAGCGAGUCUGUACAUAUGUUAAUGAGGCCAACUUUUUCAGCAUUUGUAAUUACUUUUUUUCCACUUGUUAGGGAGCUUUUGUUAUGUAUUUCUGUUAAUAGAACUUAAAUAGCAACUUCUAAACAUAAAGCAAAUAAAGAAAAUAUUUAUAGGAUAAAAUGGGUAAUUUUUUAUUUUUCAGUAAAGUUGUAAUGUCACAGGCUUAAGUAACACAUAGGAAAUUAUUUGGUAGUGAGAUAAUUCAUAUUUUGACCCUAUUUAGUUGCCCUUUACAAGAUUAUUCUGCUUGCGCUACAAACAAUAAUGUGGGUGUCUCAAUGUACCAUGGCCUCAGAGAGGGUGAUCCCCAUCCUCCCAGUAUCUUAAGUGUAGGCAGUAUAAUAGUUAAUAGGACUGCUUCAGAUUUGGGGUUUAAAAGAUACGCCUUGCAAUGAAAAUAAUUCCACCCUCGCUUCAGUGGGAUGGGCUAGGGAAAGGGGGAGAAUGCUCUUUGACCAGAGAUAACUAUUCAAACAGUAUUAUAACAGUGAUUUCAAUGAAGUGAUCUUGAGUGAUACUAUUAAACCAUAUUUUGUGGAUCCCAAUUGUUGUACAGGUGUAUUUUGAGACUUUCUUCAUUAUAAAGUUGUAUUUUGGUAAGUGUACUUGGAAUAGCAAGUUGCCCACAUUACAUUUUCUAUGUUAUGAUUCUGAAUGUUACAUUCAUAUGUGCUUUAUCUAAGUAAUGAACAUUUAAAAAGAAAAAAGUGUACGAUUACUAUUUUUUGUAAUAUCCACGCAAAAAAAAAAAAACACAACAGAAUACCAGUGUUCAUUGCUUGAUUGUUUGUUCUUGGCUUUAGGUAGCAUCAGACUAAUGUUGGGAUUUGUUUGGAUAUUUCCAGCAUAUUUUGAUUUUUACAACAAUCUGAAAUGCCAUCGUUGCUUAAACUGCAAACAGCCUUUUUGCCUUGUUAAAGAAAGGCUUUGGUAUUCAAAUGAGGAAAGGAAAAGAUGGUUUGUGCAAGGAGGUAUACAUACACAGUCUUCUAAUACAGAUAUCUUUGAAAGGAACCAGAAACUGUCUCUCCCCAGGAAGAAAUGUCUUGGGGGGAGAAAGACAGACCUUCUGCCCCUCCUUGCAGACAGUAUUUUCUCUCCUGAUUUUCCUACUGGCAACAUCAUUUGUCAUUCCCUUCUCCCACAGAGAAGCAGCAGAGAAUUCAUUAGCUGAACUCUUCGUGUCCCCAAAGACCAAUUUUUAUACACAAGAUCAAGUCUAACCCCGUAUACAGGUUCUCCGUGAGUUUUCAUUCUCACUAAACCCUGAAAACAUGGCUGCUAAGGAUGUUACUACCAGGGCAUUCCUGCAUAGACAGCUGUCUGUGUGAAACCCUCUGUUUACAAGGGGGCUCACUCCCCAAGGCAGAGUGAUUGCACAUAGAUUGCAUGGGCUGCUCAGCUUUUGUACAGAUAACCUGUGGGAUUUAGGGGAGUUGUUGGUUCCUGCAUCUCUUUCCUCUUGCAUAGACCCUGGGCCCCGUGGAUAAUAUGUAAGCACCACAUACAUUACGUUAGAGAUAGCACCUACACGGGUUUCUAAUUGCAAGUAUGUGGGGGCAGUCUUCCGGAUUACAAAUUAAAUAUGUGACGUGCACACCUCCGAGUUGUUUCCUCCAUCAAAUUUAUCCAGUAUGGUUGCUGUUGUUGGGGAAAAUCUGUGAUAAAAUAGUUUCAGGUGGUUUCCCUACAGGCUCUGGUAUACCUGACUUUAGUGCAACUGACUUGCUGGAAUAGUAGUUUAUGCAAAUGCAAGUAAAUCAGCUAUGGCUUGUAGAGAGGGAAGGAAAAGAAUUUCUUGGAAAUGCCAAGCAGAGACAAUUGCAAAUAGAAUGUAUUCCUUCCAAGUCUAGUCUUUCCCAAUGGUGUGUUCUAAUUAUAUGGGAUAUAUGCAGAUUUGAUCAAUAUCAUAGCUUGUUUUACUUUUUCUAACAUUUGUAAUGCCAGUUCAUAAUUUGAUGCUGUAGAAGGUUCUCUUGCUAGGAAUGCCUGGUGCUUCCUGCAUUUCCUUCCUCUUUCCUGUCCUCCUUCUUCCUCCCUCCACUUUUUCAAAGCUGUGAAGAAAGUGUUUGAUUUAUUAUCAUUUAAUGUUAAAGGUCUCGAAAUCUUCAGUCACAUACAGCAAGCUAAUAUGUUAAAUAUAGGAAAUUUAUUUUUUUAAUAAAAUGUGACAUUAAUAGAAAAAAA